UUCCCUCCAUUUUCUCCCAAAUCCAUUUCGGGAAAAGAAAAGAAGCAACAAUGAGGUGGCUCCUCCUCAUCCUCCUCACCCUUCUUCUCCGACACAUUUCCCGUUCCUUCGCCGGACGAGCUGUCUCGGAGUUUCAGGCGCUCCUGACUGUUAAAUCCUCUAUUACCGACGACCCUCAAUCUUUUCUCUCUAAUUGGAAUGAAACUACUCCGCUUUGCUCAUUCACCGGCGUUACGUGCGACUUCUUCGGUCUUCAUGUUAUAGCUAUCGACCUAAGUUACUUAAACUUGUCUGGAACUCUUUCUCCGUCGCUUUCCCGCCUCCGUUUCCUCCAAAACUUUUCUGCCGCCGCCAACCAACUUUCCGGUCCGAUUCCGACGGAAAUGUCUGCCCUAUCCGCUCUUCGUUAUCUCAACCUUUCCAACAAUAUUUUCAAUGGUUCUUUCCCCACCCAACUUUCCCAACUCAAAAGCCUCGAAGUCCUCGAUUUGUACAACAACAACAUGACGGGAGACUUGCCGGUUUUCGUCACGGAACUACCUAAUUUGCGCCACUUGCAUUUGGGGGGAAACUUUUUCAGCGGUCAGAUCCCGUCGAGUUACGGCCGUUGGGAGCAUCUUGAAUAUUUAGCUGUUUCUGGUAACGAACUCGGCGGUAGAAUCCCACCGGACAUCGGUAACUUAAAAAAGUUGCAGCAGUUGUACAUAGGCUACUACAACACUUUUGAAGGUGGUUUGCCGCCAGAGAUUGGAAACUUGUUGGAACUUGUUCGUUUCGAUGCUGCUAACUGCAUGUUAUCCGGCGAAAUACCACCGGAAAUUGGCAAGUUGCAGAAGCUCGAUACGUUGUUUCUCCAAGUCAACGCACUCUCUGGUUCCUUGACUCCCGAGCUGGGAACCUUGAAAAGCUUGAAAUCCAUGGAUUUAUCGAACAAUAUGCUGGCCGGAGAGAUUCCAGAGAGUUUCGCAGACCUCAAGAACUUGACUCUUCUUAAUCUUUUCAGAAACAAACUUCACGGACAGAUUCCUGAGUUCAUAGGUGAAUUGCCCGAGUUGGAGGUUUUACAGUUAUGGGAAAAUAACUUCACGGGAAGUAUCCCUCAGAGGUUGGGAAGUAAUAGAAAACUUCAGCUUCUCGACCUUUCCUCGAAUAAGCUAACGGGGACUUUGCCGCCCGAUAUGUGUUCUGGCAACACUUUACAUACGUUAAUCACUUUGGGGAAUUUCUUGUUUGGUUCAAUCCCAGAAUCGUUGGGAAAAUGUGAGUCGCUCAGUCGGAUUCGAAUGGGAGAAAAUUUCCUCAACGGAUCAAUCCCAAAAGGCCUAUUUGGGUUACCUAAGCUUACUCAAGUUGAGCUGCAAGAUAACUAUUUAACCGGGGAGUUUCCAGUUACUGAUUCUUCCAUUUCGGUGAAUCUUGGGCAAAUUAGUUUAUCAAACAAUCAGCUUUCGGGGCCGUUACCAGCUAGUGUCGGUAACUUUUCUGGCGUUCAGAAGCUUCUUCUUGAUGGAAACAAGUUUUCGGGUCGAAUCCCAGCUGAGAUUGGCAACAUACAACAACUUUCAAAGAUGGAUUUUAGUAACAAUAAGUUUUCAGGCCCAGUUGCUCCGGAAAUUAGUAAGUGCAAGCUGUUAACGUUUGUUGAUCUUAGCCGAAACGAGCUUUCCGGUGAGAUUCCAACUGAAGUUACAGGUAUGCGGAUAUUAAACUACCUGAAUCUAUCAAGAAAUCAUCUUAUUGGUAGCAUUCCUUCACCAAUAUCCACAAUGCAAAGUUUAACUUCAGUUGAUUUCUCAUAUAACAAUCUUUCCGGUCUGGUUCCAAGCACUGGUCAGUUUAGCUACUUCAACUACACUUCAUUUUUGGGAAACACUGGACUUUGUGGCCCUUAUUUGGGGCCUUGUAAAGAUGGGGUUGCUAAAGGAACCCAUCAAGGUCAUGUUAAAGGUGGACUCUCUGCUUCUUUGAAGCUUUUGCUUGUCAUCGGGUUACUUGUCUGCUUGAUAUUGUUUGCAGUUGCGGCUAUAAUUAAAGCAAGAUCCUUGAAAAAGGCAAGUGACUCUCGGGCUUGGAAGUUAACUGCUUUCCAACGCUUGGAUUUUACAUGUGAUGAUGUUUUGGACUGUCUGGAAGAAGAUAACAUUAUUGGCAAAGGAGGUGCUGGGAUUGUUUACAAGGGAGUUAUGCCUAAUGGUAAUCAGGUUGCUGUUAAAAGGCUACCAGCAAUGAGCCGAGGGUCUUCUCGUGAUCAUGGAUUCAAUGCUGAAAUACAGACGCUGGGCAAGAUCAGACACAGACACAUCGUAAGAUUGUUGGGUUUUUGCUCGAAUCAUGAGACAAAUCUUUUGGUCUAUGAGUACAUGCCCAAUGGAAGUUUGGGAGAAGCUCUUCAUGGGAAGAAAGGGGGUCAUUUGCAUUGGGAUACGAGAUACAAGAUUGCAGUUGAGGCUGCUAAGGGACUUUGCUACCUUCAUCAUGAUUGUUCCCCUUUGAUAGUUCAUCGAGAUGUGAAAUCUAACAACAUCUUACUUGACUCGGAUUUUGAAGCACAUGUUGCUGAUUUUGGUCUUGCCAAAUUCCUGCAAGAUUCGGGCACAUCUGAAUGCAUGUCUGCUAUAGCUGGUUCAUACGGAUACAUUGCUCCAGAGUAUGCUUACACGCUGAAGGUGGAUGAGAAGAGUGAUGUGUAUAGCUUUGGUGUAGUCCUUUUAGAACUUGUUAGUGGAAGAAAACCUGUAGGUGAAUUCGGAGACGGUGUGGACAUUGUUCAAUGGGUUCGAAAAACAACAGAUUCAAACAAGGAAGGAGUGCUCAAGAUCCUCGACAGGAGACUCCCAUCGGUUCCCCUCCAUGAGGUGAUGCACGUAUUCUACGUCGCGAUGCUCUGUGUCGAAGAACAGGCUGUAGAGAGGCCAACAAUGAGGGAAGUGGUUCAGAUUCUAACAGAAGCCCUGAAACCACCAAACUCAAAGCAAGGAGACUACACAAUAACAGAGUCCUCGCGUUCACCAGCCUCAACUUUAGAGUCUCCUAAUAAUGUCACAACAAAGAACCCAACACCACAAUCACCAACACCUGAUCUUCUUAGCAUAUAAAGCACCUUUUUAUUGUUCUGGAUUGAUUGGCUUGUGCUCUAAAGUCCAUGAAUUAUGCUAGUUUACUACUUUGUGUUGUUUUAAUUUUAUCUUUUUUUUUUUUGGGGGGGGGGGGGGUUACCCUAACUUUAAGGUGUUCAUUUUAUGAAUUUUCUUCAUUUUAUUGUACAGUAGGAUUGGUGGGGGUAUUUAUUUCCUUGUAAAACUGUCUUCAUCAAGAUGUACUACUGGCUGCUUAUCUUUUUA